GUCUGGUGUAUUCGUUGUCAGUUCUAGUUGUGUGAUGAUGUUUUGAUGGUAAGGAUCAGUCUCGAGAGCACCAGUGACCCCACGAGCGCUUUAUGGUUUUGGAAGAUACUGGAGCGCAAAAUGAGAAAUUCAAUGUUCAGGGUUUGGCUUUGUGCUGUGGUCGUGUGCCAGACCGGUUCUUCUGAUUUAGCUUGUGAGGGUUCAGGAUGUGGGAAAAACGGAGUGUUGGAAAAUCCAAAGCAAAACGCAGUCGCAGAGACCUUGAAUAAGUUUAACGAAAUGAACGCGCAAACGCCGCAACGCGCGCACCGCAACGCAGAGGCCGUGUUGCCUUUCCUGGGACUCACUGGAGUUGCUAAACAAAGCCGUACCUGUUGUAAGAACGGAGGGACUUGCAUUUUGGGAAGUUUCUGUGCCUGUCCGAAGCACUUCACCGGCCGGAGCUGUGAAUAUGACGAGAGAGUCAGGGACUGUGGGGUGAUUCCACAUGGAGAAUGGGUUCAGAAAGGGUGUUCGUACUGUCGGUGUGGAUAUGGACUUCUGCACUGCUUCCCACAUAUCUUCAGCAACAACUGCGAUGACUCUGAAGAGGUUCGGUGGUACCGUUCAGAUGCUCCCCGAACGUUGUCGUCUGUAUUUGCUGUGUGUGUAGCCUUGAUUUUACCCUUUUUACUAUAAAUGGCGACGCAAUUGUGCGAAAUUGUUUUCUAGCUGACUUUUGUACUGAAAAUCUGUGAACUGAAACACUUUUAUAUGAAAUGUUCUUGUUGCUGUUUAGGGCA